GGGAUUAUUAACUGAAACCAGAGACCAUGAACUGGGGAGUCUUCGAAGGUCUCCUAAGUGGAGUUAACAAGUACUCCACGGCCUUUGGGCGCAUCUGGCUCUCGGUCGUUUUCAUCUUUCGGCUGUUGGUCUACCUCGUGGCUGCUGAGAAAGUGUGGGGCGACGACCACAAGGACUUUGACUGCAACACGGAGCAGCCGGGCUGCCCCAAUGUCUGCUUUGACCACUACUUCCCGGUCUCCCACAUCCGCCUCUGGGCCCUUCAGCUGAUCCUCGUCACCUGCCCUUCCUUGAUGGUUAUCAUGCACGUCGCCUACCGAGAAGCAAAAGAGAAAAGGUUCCUGGAGAAAUACGGAGACACCGGCCGGCGGCUCUUUCCUGACGUGGGCAAGAAGCGUGGGGGCUUGUGGUGGACUUAUCUCUUCAGCCUCCUCUUCAAGGCUGCCGUGGACAUCGUUUUCCUCAUUAUCUUCUACAUCAUCUACCCAAACUACCGCCUUCCCCUUCUAGUCAAGUGUUUCCUGCCCCCUUGUCCCAACAUCGUCGACUGCUACAUCUCCAGGCCAACGGAGAAGAACAUCUUCACUCUGUUCAUGGUGGUGACAGCCUGCGUCUGCAUCCUUCUCAGCCUCAUCGAGGCGUCUUACCUCAUUGGGAAGAGGUGUAAGGAGGCCCUUCAGGCCAGGAGUGAAAGAUUCAACCGGCACCGCAGCGGGACCCUCAUUCACAAGGAGGCCGGCUGUCUUCCUCCCGGUCAACAGGAAGCCUGUGAAGUGGGGGUACAGGUCUUCCAUGGGAUAGAUUACAAACCAGCCACUGCAUCUCUCACAAGUAGCUCCCCGUGUGCUACAUCAAAACAUGAGAAAGUAGGGUAA